AGCAGCAGCUCCUCAACCGGGCCCGGUACCGCGCGGGCCCGUCAGCGCGGCGCUGCCGCCGUCAUCCCGGGGCCCGGCCUGCCCCGACGGGUCUCGCCCCCGGCCUUUGCUGCCCCUCGAGGUCGGGCAUCGCCCCGGCGGCUCGCUCCGGCGUGGAGACGUCCUGCGCGGUCCGGUCCCAGUGCAGGCGCUGCAGCGAGGUGGUGAUAGUCCGGUGCGAGUCCCCGAAGCCCCCGUUGAAGGGAGCGGCUCUCGGGCCUGCCGCUGGUCAGCAGGAUGUGGAAGGCAGGUUCUGGAGCUGCGGUCCUUGUGGCGCUUCUCGCUGUGUAGCGGAUGCUCUUGAGCUCGCUCCUGUGGUGCACUUGGAAAAAAUCCUGUGUUCACAGCUCGGUGACGUGUGGGUGUUGAAGGCUGGUGCUGAUCUUCCAAAAUAGUUAAGUGAGAGUCUUCCACUGGCAUUUUCCUGGUAAAGCAGUGUUUCCCUCUGCCAGGUGUGUUUGCAUCUCUGCCCUGCCUGGUGGAACUAGGCGGACUGGGUAUAUAUCUUGUACCUAUCUGUGCCUUCACAUCACUGCCCAAUUGCUAGGAAGCUGUGAGUUUGUAGUCACCCAUGGGACGCUAAUAAUGAAAUUGUAAUCUUUAGGGGGUUUGUAAGACCUUUUCUUGCAAGUGCUACAAUUCUUAAUUGUUAUGUGAUGUAAACUGUAUUGGUGGCAAGAAACAAAUUUUUAUUCUUUACUUGUAGGUAAAAUGGCAAACUCAUGUAUGCUGGAAUCAGUGUUUGGAGAGUACUCUCACUGGCUCUUAUAAAUGCUAUCUACCUCUAUUGAAUUGGCAGCUAAUGAAGAUGACGUUAAAAGAAAGCUUACUGUAGACCUACCCGUGUGAGGGUUUUGUAAUAGCUCUGUAGCAGGUCAGUCUAUUAGAAAAGUUUAGGUAUUGGCCAGCAGCAAUGGAAAAUCUCAGGAAAAAGAAUCACAAACCGCACAAAGAAUUUUUCCUAUUUAUUCAGAGGUUUUUUAUUUUUGCUUUGUAUUGGGAAGUCUGUUCACAUCCGUGCUCAAUUACUUAAUAAAUCAAGUUGCAGUGUGUGUUGUUCCUCUGAAAGGGCCAGAGCAGGCACUCUGAGGAGAAACAAGCUCUGCAACCCCUAGUCUCCCAGUUCUCAGGCAAUACGUGCACAGAAGAAAAUGCCUGGAUGCUUGCCCUCUGUGCAACUGCAGCAAAAGAGAGAAGAGAGAUGGAUAAGGGAGAAAGUGAAUUCAAAGUGUAGUAGGAGCAGGGAAGGGAGUAUAGACUUCGUUCCUGCUGAACCCUGUGCUUUGUCCUGCCAAGACCCCUGUGCUUAGAGAAGUGAAGAAGGAGAGAGUUAAUGAACAAUAUUCUUUAUUUCAGCACGGAGUCCAGUGCAUAUCGGUUCUGGCCUAUGAUAGGUCACAGUGAGGCCCUGAAUUUCUUGUCAUAACAGCUGGGAUGAAAUACAGCUGUUAAGCUUCAAAGGUAUCUUGAAGGAAAAAGAGACCUUUUUAUAAAAUCCUGCAGAAGACAGCAGUUGCUCUGAGAAAUGUCAGUACAAGGCUUCAUUAUCAAUAUUUUUGUUGCUCUUUCAUGUUAGAUACAGCAAAAAUCUUUGAUUUGUCCUGUCCCUGCCUAUAAUUUUCCUUAGUAGUAGUGCUGAGCAAAAUGUACUAGACUAUUUUCCAUCCAAAAACUUAAAAGGUAGAGCAGCUGAGACUGAAACAAAAGAUGCUUGAUCUGCCCUCAUCCCACAAAGAUGGGAGUGUGAUACUAUCUAUAGAAACUGGUGCUGGAUGGAGUGGUAGUCCAUGUGUCUUAAUCACUAAGAAUGAUGAGCUCUUGCAAGCUGUUUAGUUGAGCUAGGGAAUUUUUUAUGUCAGUUACACUGAGAGUAGGUUUAUGGCUAGAAUGACAAGCUGAAAUGGUUAGUCUUGAUAUCCAAAGCAAAUGUGCUAUAUUAUCUGGUAGAGUCAGUCACUGUAGAAACAUGUAUGUGAUGUGAGGUAAGAGGUAAGGUAUGUUCCUUUUACUGCAGCAUUUAAGCACUCCAGUAAGGAUGCAAUUGUUCUUGAAGACUCUGGGUUGGACAUGACAAGAUUUUACUUUUGGUAACCUCUAAAUUUAUGCAUCUAAUAUGGUCUGUCGGUUACUGCCUUUAUCUGCCAGGCUUUUUCAAAGGCAAGGAAGAGAGAAUUAUAGGAAACAUUUAUAUUUGGGAUAUAAGUAUCUGGGCAGAAUCCCUGUUUUGUGUGGUUUAGACAGAUAUGGCUUACAGGCUCACUUCUAGGUCACUGACAAAGAUGUACUACUGGCCAGCUGUUGGCUUGAUCAUGCUUUAAUACCCCUGUCCCCAAUGUAGUAUCUUAUCAUCCUGCAAUUUUUGUAAGGAUGAAUGCAUUCUUAUUUACUGAACUUUCGUGUCUGUUAGCAUAAUCAAAUUUUGACCCUUUGUUUUGAGAAAAUAACCCUUUCCCCCCCCCCCUGUGUCUAUUUGCAACUCUUCGAAGUCUGGGCCUUGUAUUACACUAUGGAUCAGCUGGGGUAUAUGAGAAGUGCUUCUGCCCAAGGUACCAAAGAGGGAUUAAGCAAGCCUGCUGUUCCUCAGAAGAACGCUUAUGCUAGGCUUGUGCAGAAGCACCACAGUGGCCGAUUCCGGUCCUAUCUGAAUCACAUUGCACAGAAGAUGCAGCUGGAAGAGAAUAGUCCCAGUGACCCCAGCUCAGAUCCAGAACCAUCCCUGAAGAGAGGCCUGGUGAAGGAUGAUGUAGCAAGGAAUGGGUUGAAUGUGCACAGCUAUUCACCAGUCAGAACAUCUCAUCUGGAACAAACCGUGUCUGGAGGAUUUGAGAAACUGAAUGAAGAUAAACCCCAAACUACUCUGAGCAAAUGUCACCAUAGAAAAGAUGCCAGUAUUAGCCCAGAAGGUGACGUGGAGGAAGACUACUACAUAAAGCAGCAUGGAGCUGCAGCUGACUUGUUAAAUACGAGUGAUACCCUGGGUGGGAGAGUAUCAAACAGCCUGAGACACAGUACGGCUCUGCAGAAGUCUUCUGGUUCUGAAGAAAAGGAUGAGGAGGACAUGUGGAAGAAGAAACAUAAGAAACGAGGCAGGUGUCCUGCCAGCACAGCUACAGCAGCUGGACGCUUGUUGACUGAGCGCUCUAGUGGGGAUGUGCUGGCAGCAAAUGCCAGGAAAACCAGUCACUUGUCUUCUGGUCAAAUCCAAGGUGCAGAAAAGAGAGGGCUUGCAAGGACCAGAAACAACUCUGAAUCCACAAGAGCUUCCCAGAACUUUGAUAGGAAGCGGCAACUCUCUGAAUCGCAGACAGAAACAAUGAACAAUUCAGACAGCAGAGUAAAUCCUAGACAACUGGGAACUCCCAGAGGAGGAUCCUAUGGUGCUGCCGUACCAUCAGGCGAUAGAAAGAAUCGAAAUAAACCCACUCGGGGGCGGAAGAAGAGUAUAUUUGAAGCCUAUAUGUCAAAGGAAGAUGUUUCAGCAGGACUGAAAAGGGGAGAGCUAAUUCAGGGACCCUUGAGAAUAAAUCCUAAGAAAUACCAUGAAGCCUUCAUUCCAUCCCCAGAUGGGACUCGCGAUAUCUUUAUUGAUGGAGUAGUUGCUCGCAACAGAGCCCUGAAUGGUGACAUUGUAGUUGUGAAACUACUUCCCAAGGAGCAAUGGAAGGUAAUAAAGCCAGAUGGUAGUGACAAAGAAACAGAAGCCAUGCAUGAAUCAGAUGUCCCUGAGGAUAUGCUGGGGACUUGCGUUCCUCGAGAGACAGUGAAAGGCGAUGCUAAAAGUCCGGAUGUCAUUAUAGAAGCUCAGUUUGAUAAUGAUGCAGAGUGUGGACAAGACCACUUGCAGGAUCUGUUGGCUGAAGACAUUAAGAAAUUUUCCCUGGAUACUGGUGAAAAGGUGAAGGCUAUCGGAAUUGGUGUGCACAGAACGAAGCAAGAUGAUGUGCCCAAAAUGAAUGAUCCUAAGCUCCUUCCAGAUAAGUUUCUUCAAAGGACAGCUAAAGUGGUCUAUAUUUUGGAGAAGAAGCAUUCCCGAGCAGCUACAGGCUUUAUCAAGCUUCUGGCAGACAAGAACAGUGAACUCUUCAAGAAAUGUGCCAUGUUCUCACCUGUGGACCAUAGAGUGCCCAGGGCCUACGUGUCCUUGGCUGAUUGCCCUUCAGACUUUGUAACCAGACCUGAGGACUAUUCAAAUACGCUCUUCAUCUGCCGCAUAGUGGACUGGAAAGAAGACAGCAACUUUGCAACAGGGCAGAUGGCCAAAACUCUUGGGCAGGCAGGGGAGAUUGAGCCGGAAACAGAAGGGAUCCUGACAGAAUACGGUGUGGAUUUCUCUGACUUUACCCCUGAAGUCCUGGAAUGUCUUCCCCAGAGCCUGCCCUGGGUUAUCUCACCGGGAGAGCUGGCCAGCAGAAAAGAUUUAAGGAAAGAAUGUAUUUUCACCAUCGACCCAUCAACUGCCAAAGAUCUUGAUGAUGCUUUGUCCUGUAAACAACUCCCUGAUGGGAACUUUGAAGUGGGUGUUCACAUCGCGGAUGUGAGCUACUUUGUCAAGGAAGAAACAGCACUGGAUAAAAUGGCCAGCGAAAGGGCAACUAGUGUCUACCUAGUGCAAAAGGUGAUCCCGAUGCUUCCCAAGCUGCUCUGUGAGGAGUUGUGCAGUCUCAAUCCCAUGCGAGAUAGGCUGACGUUCUCUGUGAUGUGGAAGGUGACUCCAGAAGGCAAGAUCCUUGAUGAAUGGUUUGGGCGGACAGUCAUCUGCUCCUGUGUGAAGCUAAGCUACGACCAUGCACAGAGUAUGAUUGAAAGCCCUGGGAAGGUGUUCUCGCCUGAAGAACUGCCUCCUGUUUCCCCUCAACACUCAAUAGAUGAGAUUCAGCACGCUGUGCUGAAUCUGCACCGAAUUGCCCAACAUCUCCGCAAACAGCGUUUUGUCGAUGGUGCUCUGCGCUUAGACCAGCUGAAGCUCUCGUUUACGUUGGACCAGGAGAGUGGGAUGCCUCAAGGCUGUUACAUCUAUCAGUACCGGGACAGCAACAAGUUGGUGGAAGAGUUCAUGCUGCUCGCGAACAUGGCUGUGGCCCAUCAGAUCUACCGCUCCUUCCCCGAGCAGGCCCUGCUGCGCCGCCACCCGCCGCCCCAGAGCAAGCUGCUCAAUGACCUCGUGGAGUUCUGCGACCAAGUUGGCCUUGACAUCGACUUCAGCAGCGCGGGGGCCCUGCACAAAAGCUUAAAUGAAACAUUUGGUACUGACAGGUACUCUGCAGCCAGGAAAGAAGUGCUGACCAACAUGUUCUCUAGGCCCAUGCAGAUGGCUCUGUACUUCUGCACUGGAGUCCUGGAGGAUGAGACUCUCUUCCGCCACUAUGCCCUCAACGUGCCCUUCUACACGCACUUCACCUCACCUAUCCGCCGCUACGCGGAUAUCAUCGUGCACCGACUCCUCUCUGCCUCGCUUGGUACCAGCUGCCCCAUCAAGAUGGAGAAGGACGCCAUCCAGCAACAGGCAGACCACUGCAACGACCGGAAGAUGGCCUCCAAGAGGGUGCAGGAGCUCAGUGCUGACCUCUUCUUUGCCAUCUUCGUCAGAGAGUGUGGUCCUCUGGAGUCAGAGGCCAUGGUGAUGGGUGUCCUGAACGAGGCCUUUGACGUUCUGGUGCUGAAGUUUGGAGUGCAGAAGCGCAUUUACUGCAAUGCACUGCCCUUGCUGGGCUUCCAGUUCCAGAAGGUGGGGAGGAAGCCAGAGCUGACACUCAUGUGGGAGCCUGAGAGGCCGGAGCAGGAGCCUGUGUCCCAGGUGAUCACCAUUUUCACGCUGGUGGAGGUUGUGCUGAAGUCGGAUGGUGUCCCGCUCAAGUACAGCGCCGUGAUCAAGAGACCGGGCUCAGAGAAGUGAGUGCGUCUGGCCUCCACUUGCUCCCUGCUGCCAACAGUUUGCAACCAACCAGGCCUUACACGCCGCAGUGACACCCAUGGGGGACGGAGAGGACUGACAAAGAGUUCAGGGGUUUGAUUUUUAAACCAAUGUCAUUUUAUUUCUGGUUUGGAUUUUAACUCAGCUUGUCAGACUGGGGGCAGGGCUCAGGGCCUGAACCUCCCCCCGGACAGAGCAUUUCUACUCUCAGAUAUUUUUAGCUUUAUGGUUUUUUGGUUCUUUUGCUUUUUAAGGCAAUGGGUGAGAAUCCCUUGCCACCUUGGGUGCCUGUGGUGAGGGCUGAGCGAGAACAGAGAAGGGUUGCUACGCUUUAUGCUCGGCUCCACGUUCCUGGAUGAGCUGACGUCGGAGGAGGCCGAGGGGCCGUGCAAGAGGGUUUCGUGCUGGGUUAUGUAUCAUGUAAUAAAAGCCAGGUCAGCAGC